AUGGGUCUUUCUUUUUGUUCCAAUGGGGUCGCAACAGUUGUCUUGAUCCUGCUGAUCCUACCUUCCACUGUUUUGUGUGAUUGCUCAACCCCAACCUUACCCAAGAGUUCUACACUAAAAGAUUCAGAACCCCUAAAAGACAAUUAUGCUUCUGGAACUGUUUUGCGAUUAGUUUGCCGCCCAGGUUAUGAAUAUAUAUCUGGGAGUCGUCCUUCUAUGACAUGCUCUGCAGAUGGAACGUGGACAGCGAUUGCUGAAUUAUGUCAAGGAAAGCGAUGUCCAGUUCCCCAUUUAGAAAAUGGAAGAAUAGCAAAGUCAGUUGAUCUCCGGCUUGGUGAAACAAUAACCUUGGAAUGUGAUUAUGGAUUCAGACUGGUAGGUGAAGCUAACCUUCGAUGUAUUUUAAGAGGAGGCACAGUUCAGUGGCACAGAGACAUUCCAUUCUGUGAAGAGAUUCCUUGUGUUCGUCCGACUAUAAUUUCCAAUGGAAGGUAUGAUGCGGCCACUGGUGAUGCAUACGUUGUGGGCACAGUUGUGUUAUACCGGUGUGAUGCUGGUUACUCCCUUAUUGGAAAAGGAACAAUUACCUGUGUAGCUACAGCUGAUGGUAAUAAUGGACAGUGGGAUUCACCAUCACCUGAAUGUAAAAAAGUCAGUUGUCCGAGACCUAACAUCCGAAAUGGGAGAUUGGGAACUGUAUAUAAACCUAACUAUACAUAUGAUGAUAGAGUAACACUUGAAUGCAAUCCUGGCUAUACUUUGGUAGGGUCCUCUUGGGUUAGAUGUGAUGCUGAUAAUACCUGGAAGCCUUCACUUCCACGUUGUGACAAGACUGUAGCAACUACCAAAGGAACUACACCUCUUCCACCAUUUCGUCCUGUCCCUCCUUUUGUUCCUCCACCAUAUGUUCCUCCUCCUCCAUCUCCUGUCCCCCCACCAAUUCCCCCUACCCUUGCUCCUCCAGUAGAUGAGACUACUUUCAUUCCAAUGUUCCCAACCCAAAAGAGAACAAUCCCCACAGUUGAUCCAGGAUCAGGAUCAGGAUCUGGCAACAUUUUUGGAAUUGUUUUUGGAAUUAUUUGUGCACUUUUAGUUCUGGCUGCUUUGAUAUUUGCAGCUGUGAGAUGGUGGAGGCAGAGGGAAGUAAAUGCUCCUCCUACUAGUCAGGUAGCUUCAGAGAAAGAAAACACAAUGGGUGAUCGAAGACCACAAAAAAUUCGAAGUAAAAGUUCAGGAACUGCUCAACUUUUCAAUUCUGUAGAAUUGAAAACAGGGACUCGGUGA